UUCGCAUUUCUCGAAAGCAAAUUCACCGCUCUUUUUCACACUCCAGAACACACACCAACAAGCAGCAGACGACGUCGUACCACUGUAACAAUGGCGGAAGGAAGAGGCUCAUCACUGGUUCAUCUUCUCGUCAUCAUCUUAUCUUUAGUUGCUUUCGGUUUCGCCAUUGCCGCCGAACGACGUCGUAGCACUGGAGUUAUUCAUACGGACGACAAGACCAAUUCUACGUAUUGUGUAUACGACUCGGAUGUUGCAACUGGAUAUGGUGUUGGGGCCUUUUUGUUUCUACUCUCAGGUGAAUCCUUGCUUAUGGGUGUGACCAAAUGUAUGUGUUUUGGAAGGCCUUUAGCACCUGGCGGAAAUCGAGCGUGGACCAUCAUCUAUUUUACAUCAUCAUGGCUGACAUUUCUGGUUGCGGAAGCUUGUCUAAUAGCCGGGGCAAAGAAAAACGCGUACCAUACAACAUAUAAGAAUAUGACAGAAAGCUUUUCAUGCGACACAUUACGGAAAGGAGUUUUCGUUGCAGGGGCUGUGUUUGUUGUGGCGACCAUGGUUCUGAAUGUUUAUUUCUACAUGUACUUUACCAAGGCUACAACUCAAGCUGCUCACAAAACCAACCGUUCUAGCUCGACCGUUGGUAUGACUGGUUAUGCAUAGACCUUUGAGUACAUUGAACUUUUGCUAUUUAAAUCAUGGUUUUUGAAUGCUGAUCAUAUCAUAUCCUUAAAAAGGUUCGCGUCUACAUUAAGUAUGGAUUAAAACGGAUUAAGUGGGUAUGUGCAUCUUAUGGAAAGGUCGAACACAUGUGUAAGUAGACCUUCUGUUUCAUACCUAAUCUAUUUAUCAAUAGAGAACUUCUAAGACUUUAGAAAGUUAGUCAUAUUCCUAUUUAUUUUUUAUAAAUAUAGUUUUGUUCCUUCAAAA